AGUGGUCUUAUUGGUCAAAGAAUUUCACUUGUAUGUGGACGGUCGGAAGUACGGAUUCAACAGUUAGAAUCGCUCAAGCGUGCAAAGAAGAAAAUCUCAGCUACCCAGCUAGUGCAGGAGAUCAAUAACGCGAAAGCGCUAAUUAGUUCUGCUAUCACUCGUUUUUCUGUGAUGACAACAACCUCAAAUCUCGAGUCCUUCAUACAACCCAAACAAUGGAAGAACAGGUACUCUCGAAACUGGCGAAAUCAAAUGCUGAAUAUUUCUCCGUGAAAAGCAAUAUUUCCGGCGAGUUUUCUGGUCGCGUCAUUCCAUUAAGUGAGGAUGCACUCAUUGCCCGAAAGCUUAUGGAGGCCAAGUUAUCCGAGUUGCCGAACAUGCUUAGUGGUAAGGUCAUCACCGGUGACGCUGAAUUCCACAGACCCGAUAUUCGUAGCGGGAUCGUGGCAUGCACGGCACUUUCCCUCGAUGGUUGCCGGGUUGCACUCGGUUUUGGUAGCGGGGUUAUCGAGGUUGCCGACAUCGACCAUCAGAGAAUGAUCUCUCGAUUUCAAUGCAGUCCCACUAAUCUCCCGGUUUGGAUCGAGUUUUGCAGUGACAACAACCAGAUUGUGACUGAGGAAGUAGCAGUGGAAAUAUCACCAUCCUUGACUCUGGUAUACAACCCCAAAGGGUUGGUACUCUUUCUGGUGGCCCUCGUCCUGCUGUAACCGCUGUGUCGGGCAAUGGAAAUUUCGUUGUACGAGUCCCUCGAAAUCUCCACUACGAUUGGUACGAGGAAAUGGCACUCUUGGAUGUUUCUGUUGAGCCAUCCAUUCGGAAUCUCGCAUCACUUUCCUCUGGUGGGCCACCUGAAUCCCAUCUUUCUUCGGCCACUCCUCUCCGUCACAUGGUUGGGUUUUCGCCCAGAAGUCGAUAUAUUGGUGCUUAUGGC